CAAGAAAAUGGAAACAUAAAGAAAACAGGUGAUUUCCCCUAAAAGGGCACCUCUAAAAUAAAGAAAACAGGAAAGUUAACAUCCCCAUACCCCUUCCUGAACACCUGCCUGCUGCAACUACUCUUUCUUCCUCUGAUUCUAGGGUUCUUUCUAUUUGGCAAACCCAUUUACUACUUACCCUUUAAUGGAUAGAUACUCUGAAUCAAACCAUUUGUCGAUUUAUUGAGUCUCUUAGUCUACAAUUCUUUGGAUCCAACCAUUCAUUUAAUGACAAAUGAUGUGGAGAAUUUCUGGUCUCUACUAAAUUUUAACUUCAGGUACUGGUACGUCAUAAUAUUUAUGUGACCAGCUCAAUUGUCGUACCAUCAGCAACAUAAAGGUAUCGAUUGUGUGUCUCCAUGUUGCCGGAGGGUUAGCAGAGGCAUGGCUUGUGCGAUGACCGCCACUCGUCUCAAGGGUUUGUUGAGCCAUCUGCUGCUAGUCGUUGCUAUCUGGUUGGCCAGCUAUCAGAAUGUAGCGGCUCUACAUGUGCCACAUAAAACAGGCGAAACUUCUUCCACACCUGAACUGGCUAGCCCUCCCAAAACUGGAAUCUUUGAACCAAUUGAGAUACCGCCUGCUGUCAUACCUCGUUAUCCUUUCCCAGUGAAGCCAUUGCCACCAAUGUACCCUUCGUUUCCGAAGACAUAUGACCCUGUCUUGACUGGAAGAUGCCCUGUAAAUUUCUCUGUUAUUUCAAGCAUCACAGAUAAGACAGCAUCUGAUUGUACUCGAUCUUUGUCAACAGUUGUAGGAAAUGUAAUAUGCUGUCCACAGUUCAAUAGCUUACUCCACAUAUUCCAGGGAUUUUACAGCAACCAUUCUGAUACUUUAGUUUUACAAAGUGCGGUAGCUGAUGAUUGCUUUAGAGAUAUCAUCAGUAUAUUAGCUAGUAAAGGAGCAAACAGCUCAAUUCCUGGCCUAUGCUCUGUGAAGUCAUCAAAUCUAACUGGUGGGUCUUGCCCUGUGAAGGACCUUGGCACUUUCGAGAAAACAGUGAAUACAAGCAAGUUGUUGGAGGCUUGCAGCACAGUUGAUACUCUUAAAGAAUGCUGUAGGCCUGUUUGCCAGCAUGCUAUUUCUGAGGCCGCGCUUCAGAUCUCAGGAAUAAAGACAAGUCUUGGUGGUAAGAACAUAGUUGGAGUGCCUAGUGAAAUUGAUACACUUAAUGACUGUAAAGGAGUGGUCUAUUCAUGGAUUGCAAGAAAACUACGAAUUGAUGAUGCCAAUUCUGCAUUUCGGUUGUUAUCUUCCUGCAAAGUUAACAAAGCGUGUCCCCUGGAAUUCAAGCAACCGUUAGAAGUGAUCAAUGCCUGCAGAAAUUUAGCCGCUCCUAGUCCUUCAUGUUGUAGCUCAUUAAAUGCCUAUAUUGCUGGGAUGCAGAAGCAGAUGUUGAUUACAAAUCAGCAAGCAAUUAUGUGUGCUGCGGCAUUUGGUUCUAUGUUACAGAAGGCAGGGGUCAUGACAAAUGUUUAUGAGCUUUGUGAUGUUGACUUGAAAGACUUUAGUCUUCAAGCAUAUGGGCAAGAAG